AUGCGCCAGGCUAUGAUGCAACAUCCUCAUCCUCCUCCUCAGACGUCUAUUCUACAUUCAGCUAACCUGGAGGAUUUGACCUCCCUGACCUCCGAGUCUGUAGGAAGGAAAAUCUGGAAAGAAUCUAGAUAUGAAAAUGAUGAUGAGGAGAAAACUGUUGAAUGUGCUCAGUUUGAUAACGAGCUGAACCUUGAAGCAGGCGAUAUGGUUGAUCUUCUUCGACACAUAGAUCAUGAGUGGUUAGAAGGAGAGUUGGAUGGAGAACGCGGUAUUUUCCCAUUAUCAUACGUCACUAUCAUAAACGAUACUCCAGACACGUGCGAUAAAACCGGUUUAUCAUCUUACACUUCAGAUCUAGAACUUCUCAACAUAAAUUCACAGGCCUUUACUGAAAAUGGAUUUGGUUUACUUCAAGCAGGAGCAAUGUAUUCUUUGCUCUACAGUUUUACUCCUGAACUUGACUCAGAUCUGAGAUUAGAAGCCGGAGAAUCGGUUCAGAUUAUUAAACAGACUGAUGAAAACUGGUGCUGGGUUGAAAACCAAGAUGGCCGGACAGGAUUCUGUCCAAUCAAUCAUCUUGAUCUAGAACAGCAGUCUCAACCUAGACUCAACCUAGACCUAGUCCAUCUCCAUCAGCUGGGGGUCAAUCAGAACCCCGAGGAAAGAUCCGUCCUGAAUCAAAGUUUACCAGAUUUAAACGCGUCUGAUAUCUCUUUGGAUCUAUUCUUCGGAGGUUCUAUGCAAAGUACACCUGGAGCCAGGUCCCACAGUACUGAGGUGCAUACUGGAGAAGGAUCAAGAACUGGAGAAGGAUCAAUAAGUUCUGACCUGAAAGGAUUUGAUCCUUUGUGUAGUCCUGAUCAAGAGAUCGCUCAAUUGGAAUCAGAAUUGAUCAACAAGGUGAGAUGUCCUCCUUCAAUACCUUCCAACCCUCAUGUUAAUAUUAUUAAAGGUCUUCCUUUAGACUCCACACAGCCUAAGCCUAGGAACAGGUUUGGGAAGAGUGUAAGUUUGGAGAGAAAACAAAACCUUGAUUCCUUUAUAUCAGAAAACUUGUAUAGCCUUAAUCACAGAUGCAACACUGCCAGUAAACCAAGAGUGCUACAAAGCCAGCAAAACAUCAAAUCCUUUGAUUUGGCAAGUUCAGUUCUAUCAGAGCUGAGGGGUCGACAGCAACCCAAGCUGACCCAGCAGAGAGAACCUAGGUCACCCAUCCGUAGACCGGCCCCUGAGCCCCCUAAAAAACUAAGAAACAUGCUAUUACCAAACCAAACCUCAAAAAAACCGCAAAACGAAGAGUUUAACUUUUUUAAGUGCGGAAAACAAGAAAGCACACAAUCCCAAAUGCGCAAAGCCCCGUCACCACCAAGACCCGGGUGUGUAUUGACUCCACCCCCUCCUUCUAAGAAAGCCCCAUCCCCUCCUUUAUCAUGUAGUCCUUCAGUGCCUUCCCUGCAAUACAGUGUAGGGGACCCAAGCAGUAUCUAUGCAAGAGUUGAUAAAUCCCGAAGAAAGGAAGAAGCUGUAAAUGAACACAGGAAAACAGAUGGAAAAGAAACAGUUGAUGAUAAUCUUGGUGAAGAUAAAAAAGAAGAUCGAGAUUCUGUUUAUAGCUUGUGGAAUUCAGGUGAAAAAAGUUUUUCGAGGUAA